AUGAAAUCGCGCUUCCUGGCGGCGCUUCAUUGGUUGUCAAUGUUGGUGGAUACGAGCAUUGCCAAAGCUUAUCGAUUGAUGUGUACUCAACAUACAGUUCGAAGACGAUGCGACGUGGACGAGAUGCUGGCGCCGGUGCUGGAAGUCAUGAGCUGUGAGCACGGCGCCCAUAUGCAGCUGAGUCGACGUUCACAGCAGGACGCUUCGAAACAGCAUGCAAGUCAUGAAUCUGGACUUUCUGCUGCACGAGCGGGAAGCUGA